AUGCGUAUUCAAAAUCGUGAUGCACUCCUGUUUGAUCUGGACGACGAUGAUGUCGAUGCCGAUUUACAGUUAUAUUUGCAUGGAAUAGCGAAACAACAACUGUUAGAUGAUUUGAAUGGCAAUUUGGACGAUAUCAAUCAACAUUACAAUCUUCAAAAUCGGACGGACAUUGAAUCCAGGUUUACAAAGAUUCAGCAAGGAAUUAAACAAGGCAUACCACCAUCAUAUUCAGCAGUAGCCAAUAAAAUGCCUUAUAAAUAUGUAAAGCGAUUAGUGAAUAAUGGAAUAAUGAAAUCGAGUGAAAACCAACGAAAUCGGAAACUAACACCAUCAUUAUCAUUAUCUCCAAAAACAACAAUAUUGCUGGGUUGUUCAACACAAUCAUCGGCAAAAGAAAAGAAAUUAAAUGCCAGUUUGGUUAGUUAG